GGAGACAGGGACACGCGAGUGUGUUUUCGCUCGACAAUGUAAAAUCGGGACGCGAGCGUUUAGCUAGCACGUCAGCUACCCCCAGAGACUCGCGAACGAUCCCGUGAAAUACGGUCAUAUCCGAUUGUGCACUUUUGUGAUCGAUAUCAACCAUGAAGUAGAACGAACAGCUGAGAACAACACGACUUGCUUUCAGAAAAGAUGAGGGGUGGAAGUGGCUUGAGUCAGUACAACGACGACGAUUUCUUCAGCGGAGGACCCUGCCCUUCCUGUAGAUUGGCUAUCAACAAGGAAACUGGACGAUUGAAGUGGUGCAUGGGUGGAAACGACACUUGGCGCUUUCGCGUCAAGCUGAUGUUACUGAUCCCCGCAGUGUUACUGCCGAUCACUAUAAUCUUUAUCGCGUUGUCGCGAUCCCAGGUUAUCGGAAAGGGACCCUAUCAUCGAACUUAUUUGAUCCACGCGACCGGACGAAGACAGGACGAGAGGACCGAGGAAACACUUCCGCCGAUCAGCAACACCGAGACGGAGCGGUCAGGCGAGGAGGAGGAAGAAGAAAGAAUCCUAAUAGCUGGAAUGAAAACCAGCUACGUGCCGAUGGAAACAGUCCUUCCGCCGCGGCAGCUCCGACGACGCAAGAGAGAACUCGACUGGGUGCUGUCGACCGACUAUGUUGCUGGGAAAAUAGACGACUCCAACCCCGAUGAAAAUUUGGACAAUUAUCUGGAUGAUUACUAUCCCGAGGCGUACACUGACGACAUAAAGGAAGCCUCCGAAAUAGAGAGCAACGACUAUCGAAACUACGGCGAGCACUGCUGCGACACCCAGAAAAGCGAGGAGGAGCUUCGUUCGAGACUGUCGAACGGAAAGUACGACAACAACGAAGAACCUUCCCAAGACGAGUCGGACGAGGGUGAACAAGGCGGCCGUCGCUCGAUAUCCGUCGAGGAUUCGGACACAAGUUUACCAAUCGCCGACGAGCAAUCCGACGAGGACACGCCCGAUUUCCACGCGUUCUGGAAGGCCAAGGGUGACGCGUGGAACAUCAGAGAGGCUCAAGCAAAAAUCAUGCUCACGUACAUGGACAGGGGCGCCGAUCCUUGCGGGGACUUCUAUCAGUACGCGUGCGGUAAUUGGGCGAGGCAUAAUCCGAUACCGAAAGACAAGGCGGGCUACGACACCUUCGAAACGAUCCGCGAGUCGUUGGAUUCCGUCCUGAAAGAGCUACUCGAGAACCCGAUACCCAAAGAGCUGGAGUACGAUACCGACGACGCGACCGUGAAGGCGAAACAUUUGUUCCAGAGUUGCAUGAAUUACGAGAUCUUGGAGCAACGCAUGGAACGGCCGCUUAUACAGCUCCUGGAUGAACUCGGGGGUUGGCCUAUCUUGAGACCGAACUGGGACCCAGAGAAGUUCGAUUGGCUGCUUCUAGUUGCUCAGUUGAGAUUGUACAAUAACGAUAUCCUGAUCUCUGAAUGGGUAGCACCGGAUAUUAAGAACAGCGAUGAAUACGUGAUACAUUUCGAUCAGACGUCACUGGGCCUUCCUACGCGGGAUUACUUUCUUCAUCCGUCGAACACGAUAUACUUGAAGGCUUACAAGAGUUAUUUGAUCAAAAUCGCAACUCUCUUGGGCGCGUCUUUGCAGAACGCCACCAUCGAUGCUGACGAGCUGAUUGAAUUUGAAACAAAGCUGGCUAAGAUCACGUCGUCGCCAGACGAAAGAAGGGACGUUUCAGAACUCUAUAAGAGAAUGAGCAUCGGGGAGCUGAGAACUCUGGUCCCUCAAAUCAACUGGCACCGGUACCUGACGAUCGUCCUAGCCCGACCGACGAACAUCUCCGAACCUGUAGUCGUUUACGCGCUACAAUACAUUCAAGAAUUGGUGAACCUACUGUCAAAAACUAGUCCACGAACCAUCGCGAACUACCUUCUAUGGCGAUUCGUCAGGCACAGAGUGAACAAUUUGGACGACCGAUUUCAGGAGGCCAAACAGAAAUUCUAUUACAUUCUGUUUGGUAGAGAACAGGCGCCUUCCAGGUGGAAGAAUUGCGUGGCUCAGAUGAACUCGAAUAUGGGUAUGGCUGUCGGGUCAAUGUUUGUAAAGAAAUAUUUCGAUGAAAACAGUAAGAACGAUACUUUGUCCAUGACUCGGGAGAUUCAGAGAUCGUUCAGGGAGCUCCUAAAUCAGACCAGCUGGAUCGACGACGAAACGAAAGAAUUAGCAACCGAGAAAGUGAACGCAAUGCUGCUAAGAAUCGGGUAUCCCGACUUCAUUUUACAAUCGGAUCUGCUGAACGAGCGUUACAAGGAUGUCGUGAUCCAUCCAGACAUGUACUUCGAGAACACGUUGAAUAUUCUGCAACAUCUGACCAGGGUGGAACAGGAUCGUCUCGGCAGCCCUGUGAAUAAAACGUUAUGGAACACCGCGCCAGCGGUCGUCAACGCUUAUUAUAGCCGGAGCAAGAACAGGAUAAUGUUUCCGGCCGGCAUACUACAGCCGCCAUUUUAUCACAGAUACUUUCCGCGGAGCCUGAAUUACGGCGGAAUCGGUGUCGUCAUCGGUCAUGAAAUUACUCACGGUUUCGACGACAAGGGUCGGCUGUUCGAUAAGGAUGGUAAUCUACACAGAUGGUGGAAAUAUAAUGCUAUUUAUGGCUUUCACCAGCGCGCCCAGUGUCUUAUCGACCAAUAUAGCCGUUACACUGUCAGCGAAGUUGGGAUGCAGAUAGAUGGAGUCAAUACGCAAGGAGAGAAUAUCGCGGAUAAUGGCGGCAUUAAGCAAGCUUUUAGGGCAUACGAAAGAUGGCUGCGUCUAAACGGGGACGCAGACGAAACCCUUCCUGGAUUGAACGCGACCGGGAAACAACUGUUCUUUCUGAACUUCGCGCAAGUGUGGUGCGGCUCGAUGCGACCGGAAGCGACCAGGAACAAACUGAAAACCGCUGUGCAUUCCCCGGGCAAGUUCCGUGUGAUCGGUACUCUAUCGAAUUCGAAGGAUUUUGCGGAAGUCUUCGACUGUCCCCUCGGUGCGCCAAUGAACCCUGUCAACAAAUGUUCCGUUUGGUGACGAACUGAGAUGCUUAUCGAUCGUGGAUCGAAAUGAGUCGUCGCUUUCGUUGAUAGAGAACGCGAGGGUGAUUAACGUUUACGUUUCGCCACGU